UUGACUUCCUCUGCGGGGAGAGGUUGGGAGGCUGGGCCCCCAAAGGGACCAUUGGCUGUCCCCUUCCUCUGGGCAGGGGACAGAACGGCGCAGGCCCCGGGAGCAGCACUGACUUCCUCUUGUCCCGGAAUGAGCAUGCCUGCCCUUUGCAGGCAGGUUUCGGUCUCUCACGAAGAGGAAACCAAAAGCGGUGAGAGAGAGGGCAGGCAGAGCGACCAAUCAAGGGAAGGUUGAGGCACAAAACCAGUGGCUCCCACGGAGCCGGCAGAGCCGGGGCGAUGGCAGAGCUGCAGCAGCUGCAGGAGUUCGAGAUCCCCACGGGCCGGGAGGCUCUGCGGGGCAACCACAGCGCCCUGUUGCGAGUCGCCGAUUACUGCGAAGACAACUACGCACAGGCCACAGACAAGCGGAAGGCACUGGAGGAGACCAUGGCCUUUACCACCCAGGCGCUGGCCAGCGUGGCCUACCAGGUGGGCAACCUGGCCGGGAACACCCUGCGCAUGUUGGACCUGCAGGCAGUCGCUCUGCGACAGGUGGAAGCCCGUGUAAGCACACUGGGCCAGAUGGUGAACAUGCAUAUGGAGAAGGUGGCCCGGCGGGAGAUCGGCACCUUAGCCACUGUCCAGCGGCUGCACCCCAGCCAGAAAGUCAUCGCCCCCGAGAGCCUACCUCCCCUGACGCCCUACUUCAGGAAACCCCUCAACUUCGGUUGCCUGGAUGACAUUGGCCAUGGGAUCAAGGACCUGAGCACGCAGCUGUCGAGGACCGGGACCCUGUCUCGAAAGAGCAUCAAGGCGCCCGCCACACCCACCUCUGCGACUCUGGGGCGCGCGCCCAGGAUCCCGGAGCCCGUGCAGCUCCCCGUGGUGCCCGACGGCAAACUCUCCGCCGCCUCUUCUGCCUCGUCCCUGGCCUCGGCGGGCAGCGCCGAAGGUGUCGGUGGGGCCUCCACGGCCAAGGGGCAGGCAGCACCCCCGCCCCCUCCUCUUCCCAGCUCCAUGGCCCCACCCCCUCCGCCAGCCUCGGACAUCGACCUGCUGCCCCCUCCGCUGGAGAGAACUGUCCCUGCCCCCUCCAGGCACCUUUCUGGGCCUGAAGGACCCCAGGUCCCACCACCAGGGUUCCCAUGUCCACCCCAGAUGCAUUCUGGGCCUACUGUCAACUCCCCCCUCCCCUAUUUCCUGGGCUUGGGAGAAGGCACCUCUUGCCCCACGGCUUGCACCCUUCUCCCCUACGUGCUCCCCAGAAUCAUGCAGGCCCCUGUAUCGCCAUGGCUGGGCAGGAGGCACUUCUCAUGGCGCCCUCUCCUCCGCCCUGCAGUGGUGACACUGUACCCGUACACUGGCCAGAAGGACAAUGAGCUCUCCUUCUCCGAGGGCACCGUCAUCUGCAUCACCCGCCGCCACUCCGAUGGCUGGUGUGAGGGUGUCACCUCGGAGGGGACCGGGUUCUUCCCGGGUAACUACGUGGCGCCCAGCUGCUGACAGACGGCCUGGGGCUCUUCUCUGCGUGAACCUCGAGGCCCAGGCAAAAGCCAGUUCCAAGAUCAAGCAAGACUGGACUAGAGGAGGUACCCAGAGGUCUGCUGCAGACCGGGAAGAACUGGAAGCCGAGGAGCUGUCCACACAGAGGGACCCCUAUCCCAUGGAGGGUGGGGUCUCCAGCUGCAAGUGGCAACUUUGAAUAAAACUCUGAUGAACUCCUGA